GUGCACCUUUGUGAAGCCGAUGGCCUGCUGGAAUUCCUGGGAGUCUCGCCUACAGAAUUCACUCACCAGCCAGUUCUUGUAGCAGUGAAAAUGCUGAGAUCAGAUGUCAACAAAACAGCCAGAAAUGAUUUCCUGAAGGAGAUCAAGAUCAUGUCACGGCUGAAGAACCCGAAUAUCAUCCGGCUUCUGGGGGUGUGUGUGCGUGAUGACCCACUGUGCAUGAUAACAGAGUACAUGGAAAAUGGAGACCUCAAUCAGUUCUUGUCGCAGAGGGAGAUCUACAGCAAAUUUGCCAUUUCAAACAAUAUUCCCUGUGUCAGCUACUCUAACCUGCUGUACAUGGCCACCCAGAUUGCCUCUGGAAUGAAGUAUUUAGCAUCUCUGAAUUUUGUGCACAGAGAUCUGGCAACUCGCAACUGCCUGGUGGGGAACAACUACACCAUCAAGAUUGCGGACUUCGGCAUGAGCAGGAAUCUUUACAGUGGGGAUUACUACCGUAUCCAGGGAAGAGCGGUACUGCCCAUACGUUGGAUGGCCUGGGAAAGCAUCCUCCUGGGCAAGUUCACUACAGCCAGUGAUGUCUGGGCAUUUGGGGUCACCCUCUGGGAGAUGUUCAUACUGUGUAAGGAGCAACCGUACAGUCUCCUCUCAGAUGAGCAAGUCAUCGAGAACACAGGAGAGUUCUUCCGGAGCCAGGGCAGGCAGCUGUCACGAUGCUUAGAAAGCCUCAUGGGUUGUCUACGAUCUAUCUCUCCCAGACUCCUCUGUGUCCUAACCCUGUGUUUGACCUGAUGCUGAAAUGUUGGAGCAGGGAUAUAAAAGAUCGUCCCACUUUUGAUAUGAUUCACCACUUCCUGCUAGAACAAAUGGAAUCAAACAUUUGACUCCAGAAAAAGAGACAAACUGUUGAGAACAGAGUGAC